CACUUUGAUAUUAAAGGAGUUUUCUUAGCAAAUUCUAUUGACCAUGAUUUCACGUAUAAAAGAAACAAAAAAGGGUGAAACAUCCAAGGGGUGUGAAUAUAUUUUAUAGGUAUUGUAAAUACCAGCUACAGCCCUGAUGUGAUUAUGAAGUUUCUAAUUUGUACUGUUUUGUUAUGGAAAUCUGGAGUAACACAGGACACCAAAGUGAUACUGACCCAUAUAUCUAAGUGUAUGAGGACUUGACAAGACACAGGGUGGAUUCAGAUGGACAGCUGGCUAAGUAAAGGACUGGGCUUAGUGUAAGUGCCCUGUAAUGUAAGGAGCAAGUCCUGACCUUUCUGUCGGCUGAGUGAGCUCUGAACACUUCCUGGAACAAGCCACCAAUCACUUCAUAGAUUCUUACAAAACAGGAAGCUCUUGCUUAAGAUAAACAGCAGUUGUAGAAAAUGUCAGAGACACUGAAUUACAAAAGUUCACCAUUCAGUGUUGGCAGCUGACAGCUCGGCAGCAUGUAUGACCUUCCAGGUUUGACAGGACUCCCCUCCUCCUCCUCCUAACAGCCGCACACUCACCUCGGUCCUCGGCCCGGAGCUCCAGGAUAACCGCAGCAGAGAGGACGCAGAGACGGACACGGGUCUGGCCUUCAAACACCACAAGCUUUCAAAUAAACCCGUGCUCGUACACUUUGUACUCCACCUCCGGCACUGCCUCCACCACGGACCCGCCAUGUUCGUUCCCCAGCAGCGUGCUCAUUGGCACAGGUUAAGGACCGGAAGCGGAAAACAGCAACGAGGCGUGGCUUAAUGACGUUUCUCAACAAGGAAGUUAAAUUCCUUAAAAACUGAUGUUUAUCAGGCGGGCAGUGUUAGAUGUUGUUUUGUGUUUAAAUGAAGCUACAAAUAAGUGUCGUCUUAUAAGUCUCCAGAUAUAUAGUAGCGUAUUUGGGACGAGGCUAGUUGCUGGGUAACAGGUAGCUGACAGCUAAUGUAAUGUUUAUGGGUUAUUAACGAAUUAACCUAAAUUAUGUUAACCUAAGUUACCUCUUUAUUUUCACAGGGAGGUUUAAUGUUACAGCUUCAUUUUAGGAUGGGCGUCAUUGGUUGUAUGUUUAUUAAUUGUCUUAAGUUACUUAAAAACUGACAAGUUUAUUCAAAGUCUAUGUUAGCCUUUCCUGGGAGGAUUCAUAAUUUGCUUUCCAGUGGUGCACAGUAACUAAUAACGUGGUUAGAUACAUUUAAGCACUAUUACUGUACUUAAGUACUAAUUUUAGGUGUUUGUACUUUCUUGUGUAUUUCUGUUACAUGCCACUUAACAGUACUUCUUACUUAUUCAUCUACACUACAGUAACGUUACAACAUUACUGCACUACGGUAAUAUUAAUGCUGGAAGUCAUAGCUUACCCUAUUUUAUUUGUAGCUAUGGCAGUUUGAACAGGUACUUUUAAGUCAACUGCUCUUUCUGUGGAAACGUGCAGUAUGCAAACAGUGUUAGUCUUUGCUCUAGUAGCAGCGACCAGCUUCUCACCUAUAUAUGUCCUGGAGUUUUGCCAAAGUACUGACCCUGGCUGCCACAGUCAUGACAAAAAGUUAUCAGACGCUGUCAAAUCCAGGUGGAACACGAGUGCUUCAUACCUCAUACAGGACCUGGACCAAUUCAGUGUGUCCUGCAAGAAGCUCAUAGAAGCAUUCCCAAUCGAUGAGGUUGAUGGCAACUUUGUUCGCACUGUGAAGAACUGCAUAUUCUCCAAAUCCACUCCAACCCCACUGAAAGGCCCGUUGAGACUGGCAGCAGUUUCCAAGGAUGUCAUUGAGGGGAUCUUAGAUGUAGACACGGCUGUAACACAGUCUGAUGAGUUUCUGCAUUAUGUGAGUGGUGGCAGACUGCUUCCAGGAUCUGUACCACUUGCACACAGAUAUGGGGGUCAUCAGUUUGGCUUCUGGGCAGGUCAGCUGGGUGAUGGUCGAGCACAUUCCCUUGGUCAGUAUACCAACAGGAAAGGAGAAGUAUGGGAACUGCAGCUUAAAGGCUCGGGAAAAACACCUUAUUCAAGGUCGGGAGAUGGUCGAGCUGUGAUCCGUUCUUCUGUAAGGGAGUUCCUGUGUAGUGAAGCCAUGCAUUACCUGGGUGUUCCAACCAGCAGGGCUGCCAGUCUGAUUAUAAGUGACGAGCCGGCGCUGAGGGAUCAAUUCUACAAUGGCAACGUGAAGACAGAGAGAGGAGCUGUUGUUCUGAGGUUAGCCAAGUCUUGGUUUCGGAUUGGAUCUCUAGAAAUUUUGGCUCAAAGUGGAGAGAUAGAUCUCCUGAGAAAGUUGUUGAACUUUGUGAUUGAAGAACAUUUCUCGUCAAUCACUUCCGAUGACCCAGAAAAAUAUUUGGUAUUUUAUUCCACAGUUGUAAAUGAAACGGCACAUCUGAUUGCCCAGUGGAUGUCUUUUGGGUUUGCACAUGGUGUGUGCAACACAGAUAACUUCAGUCUCCUGUCUAUCACCAUCGACUUCGGACCAUUUGGCUUCAUGGAGUCGUAUAACCCAAAUUUUGUCCCCAACACAUCUGAUGAUGAGGGCAGAUACAGCAUCGGAGCUCAGGCCAACGUCGGACUGUUCAAUCUGGAGAAGCUCUUGAUGGCACUCAGUCCUGUGCUUUCUAACCAACAGCAGAAAGACGCUAAAAUUAUUUUAAAAGGAUAUGCUGAUAUUUACCAGAUGAGGAUUCACCAGCUAUUUAAAGCUAAACUGGGGCUCCUAGGUGAAGAGGAGUAUGAUGGAUACCUCAUUGCUUUCCUGCUUAAGUUGAUGGAGGACACACAGUCAGACUUCACUAUGACCUUCAGGCAGCUCAGUGAAGUUUCAACCCGGCAGCUUCACAACAGGAAGUUCACACAGAUGUGGGCUCUUGAAGAUUUGUCGUCCCACAAGCUCUUCUCUGAUUGGCUCAUCAUGUACCUGCUCCGGCUCAACAGACAACAAAAUGAUAGCGAUUUGGAUCGCCAACACAGAAUGAAAAAUGUUAAUCCUAGAUAUGUGCUGAGGAACUGGAUGGCAGAGUCUGCUAUAAGGAAAGCUGAGAUGAAUGAUUUUUCUGAGGUGGAGCUGCUGCACCGUAUCCUGUCCUUUCCCUUUGUUACACAAGAGACUGCAGAGGAGGCGAGCUAUGCAGCAAGACCCCCACUGUGGGCUCAGAGGUUAAAGGUCAGCUGUUCUUCUUGAGUGACUCAUGGAUAAUAAAAAUAAUAAAAUGAAGAAGAAGAACAACAUGAGUUUUUAUCUUAUAUUUUGGUACAUUUGGUGGAAUACAUUUUGGUCUAAAAUUUAUUGGUCAUGUUUGAUGUUCUUCUCUACUAAGAUUACCCACUGUGUGUGGAUACAGUGACCAACAAAAAGAUGUACAGUUUACAGAAGAAUUAAAUUCUAAUUGUAUUCUGCUCAUAAUGUUCUGUUUUUACUGCUGGACAGCUAAAUACUUAAGCAUUAUGUCAUUUCAUAUUGACAGCAAAAUAAAUAUGAAGAUGCUACUGUGGA